GAUAUGAUGAUUAGAGCAUAACCCGAGUGACACGCUGAAUUCGCCAUAAUCAAGGAAACCUUUUCCGGGUGGGGAUCUCUGAAAUCACUCAGUGAGCAACCCUAAUUAACCUGAUUUUUUGCUGAUAAUCACCCUCAAUGGAAUCAAAUCACAAAUCCGGGGAUGGAUUGAGCGGCACCCAGAAGGAAGCAGCCCUCCGCGCACUGGUCCAGCGCACAGGAUAUAGCUUGGUCCAGGAAAAUGGACAAAGAAAAUAUGGUGGUCCCCCACCUGGCUGGGAUGCUGCACCCCCAGAAAGGGGCUGUGAAAUUUUUAUUGGAAAACUUCCCCGAGACCUUUUUGAAGAUGAACUUAUACCAUUAUGUGAAAAAAUUGGUAAAAUUUAUGAAAUGAGAAUGAUGAUGGAUUUUAAUGGCAACAAUAGAGGAUAUGCAUUUGUAACAUUCUCAAAUAAACAGGAAGCCAAGAACGCCAUCAAGCAACUUAAUAAUUAUGAAAUUAGAAAUGGACGCCUCCUAGGGGUUUGUGCCAGCGUGGACAACUGCCGAUUGUUCGUAGGGGGAAUCCUGAAAACUAAAAAGAGAGAAGAAAUCUUAUCAGAGAUGAAAAAGGUCACCGACGGAGUGGUGGAUGUCAUCGUCUACCCGAGUGCGGCGGAUAAAACCAAAAACCGGGGCUUUGCCUUCGUGGAGUACGAGAGUCAUCGGGCGGCGGCCAUGGCCCGGAGGAAGCUUCUACCAGGAAGAAUUCAGUUAUGGGGACAUCCUAUUGCAGUAGACUGGGCAGAACCGGAAGUAGAAGUUGAUGAAGACACGAUGUCUUCAGUGAAAAUCCUGUAUGUAAGAAAUCUAAUGCUGUCUACCUCUGAAGAGAUGAUUGAGAAAGAAUUCAACAAUAUUAAACCAGGUGCUGUGGAGAGGGUGAAGAAAAUCCGAGACUAUGCCUUCGUGCACUUCACUAACCGCGAAGACGCAGUGGAGGCGAUGAAAGCUUUAAAUGGGAAGGUGCUGGAUGGUUCCCCCAUUGAAGUAACCCUAGCCAAACCAGUGGACAAGGAUAGUUAUGUUAGGUACACCCGAGGAACAGGUGGAAGGGGCACCAUGCUGCAAGGAGAGUACACCUACUCUUUGGGCCACGUUUAUGAUCCCACCACAACCUACCUUGGAGCUCCUGUCUUCUAUGCCCCCCAGGCCUACACAGCGAUCCCCAGCCCUCAUUUCCCAGCCACCAAAGGACAUCUUGGCAACAGGGCCAUUAUCCGAGCCCCUUCUGUUAGAGAAAUUUACAUGAAUGUACCUGUAGGGGCUGCGGGAGUGAGAGGACUGGGAGGCCGUGGCUAUUUGGCUUACACAGGCCUGGGCCGUGGAUACCAGGUCAAAGGAGACAAGAGAGAAGACAAACUCUAUGAUCUUUUACCUGGGAUGGAGCUCACCCCAAUGAAUCCUGUCACUUUAAAACCCCAAGGAAUUAAACUUGCUCCCCAGAUAUUAGAAGAAAUUUGUCAGAAAAAUAACUGGGGACAGCCAGUGUACCAGCUGCACUCUGCCAUUGGACAAGAUCAAAGGCAACUCUUCUUAUACAAAAUCACCAUCCCUGCCCUGGCCAGCCAGAAUCCCGCAAUCCAUCCUUUCACACCUCCGAAGCUAAGUGCCUACAUGGAUGAAGCCAAGACGUAUGCAGCCGAGUACACCCUGCAGACCCUGGGCAUCCCCACUGAUGGAGCCAAUGCCGCCACCACAGCUGCUGCUGCCGCUGCCGCUUCUGCUGCCGCGUUUCCAGGCUACGGUCUCCCAAAUGCACCUGCCUCCAUGUCCGCAGCCCAACUCAAGCAGGCAGUGACCCUGGGACAAGACUUGGCAGCAUAUACGACGUAUGAGGUCUACCCCACUUUUGCAGUGACUGCCCGAGGGGAUGGCUAUGGGACCUUCUGAAGACAUCUUUCUUUUCAUUUAGGAAUGAAACACACAAAGCUCGAUAGAGAAGAAAUAAACCUCUCACUCAGUCCCUUAAUGAUCACAAGUAAUACUUUCCCCAGAGUGAUGCCGUUCUGGAUAUGGUCUAGCUUAUACUGAUUGUAGAAUUGUGAUAUGAGAACCUUAUUCCUAAUGAAAUCAAAUGUUAGGAAGCCAUUUGUCUAACAGAAAGCUAAAGAGCCAUUUCCCCCUGAAAGUUGUCCUUCCAAGGUUCCUGAGUGUCUUGGGAGUAUGUUUACAUACCCUGACAGAGUGAAGAGAGAUCUUUAGCCAGUAAGAGUUCAGGGGCUAAGCAGAUCUGGGCAGCCAGUAACAACCAAAGGAGCCAAGUAAAUUCCAGAGUCUUAACCCCUGGCUCACAGCUGCUUUUGUAAUACACAAAGUCACAAAAGGCAAAGGGACAGUAGGAGAUGCCCUUCCACACACAUUCCCCAUUGCCCACUGCGUGGUACAUGCCCAUAGGCUGGAGCUCUUGAGAGACUGUCCAAGGUCUAAUGGAGUCAGCAUCAUUUCAGUCUGAAAACUCCAUCCAGUCAAUCUGUCAUAGGUCAGGAUCUUCUCAUCCCCUGCAGCCCAUGGGGACUUGGAAAUUGACAUGAUGUGUUACAGCUAUAGUUUAAACAAACCCAGGCCCAUUGUUUAUUAAACUCAUUAGCCCACACCUCUUUUGCCUGGAACUCCUCCCCUUCCCAAGGAUGCCCACAACAUAAUAGACAUGCCUACUUGAAAUGACUUUUUCUCAUUUUAAACAUUUUGACUUGUCCAUACUGAUUUAGUCUCAUCUCAGUCUCAUUUUGCUCAUCUGUCAUAGCAUAAAAUAAUUCAAAUCUAUAGAAUAUCAUUUAUGAUACUUUUUCCUAUUCAGAAAAUUGACAGAAAAGUCAUUUCAAACAAAGGGAGAGGUGAAGAUCUACUCUCAUUUCUUUGAUGUUUUUGUAGCACCCAGCCCCCAUCCAGCAUUCAGAGACAGUUACAUUAACUUGGGUUCACUUUCUAACCCAUUUAUACUAACUCUGCCAAAAAAAAAAAAACCACUGCCUUCUCUUCCUUUUACUUUCAGUAAGUAUCAGACAACUUUACCAUACCUGAGUCCUUUGGUGUUGAAGUUAUCAUGGGAGAACCUUAUGUCCAUCACUCAUUACUAAAAGCCAAUUCUUCAGACACUCAGCAAGGGUGUUACCAAAAUCCCCUAGCGUUUUGAGUCUCUUCUCUAGAACAUCUGAGAUGAGGGUGCUAGAAAAACUGGGAUGGAGUUGGGUAGAAGGCACUACUUUCUUUCCAUACUUACAAAUGAUGGCUUUUUGUUCAAAACAGAAAUAAUCAAAGUCCAAACACAAAAUACUUAUUACGGCCACUCUAAUCUCAUUACUGGUUUAAGACAUAUUCCUAGAAUUUCCAUUUUAAAAAUCUCUUGACCUUUGUAAAAUUCUGCAAGACAUAAAGGAAAACAUAAACACCAAGGGACAGAAAAACUUGUCAACUCUCGGAUGGAAUUCUGUGAUCCAAAAUCAGGCCAGAUUUCAAUCAAAAUCAGGUAAAUUCCAAUAACAGUCAAGAGUCUUUGUAAGGUUUCUGUUCUGUUAACUCCAAUCAGAUAUCAAAGGCUUCAAGGCUGCAGCUGAAUCUCUGAAAGGCCUUGUGCUUUCAGCUUUAUGUUUUGCAUUUUCUAUUUCCUAAGACAGUGUUUCCCAAACUUGACUACACAUUAGAAACACCUGGAGAGCUUUUCAAACCACCAAUGCCAAGAUCACAUCUCAUACCAACUACAUCAGAAUAUCUUGGGCUCCAGCCUCACAUCAGUUUUUUAAAAUAUCCUUAGGUGAUUCAAACUAAGUUUGGAAACUGCUGAGUUCUUCGUAUCUCCACUCUGUCUUAAUUUUUUUUCUUUCUUAUUUCACUUUCAUUAAAUAGAAAAACACAAGAAAAAUUGUCUAAAUUAAAACAAACAGCCAGAUCAUAUUUUUUCAUAUAUUCAUCUCAUAAGAAGUAUGAAUGUGAAUAUAAUUCAUAUUGGCUUCAUACUAACUCUUGGGCCGAACUAGUUCUAAAUAUGAAAAAGUGAAACGUUCCUCCUCAAGGAGUUCUUAGGUCCAAAUUUAUACUCCCCCGCAGUCCUGCUUUUACACUCAAGGAGAAUGAUUACAGUGGAGCAGGCAAAUGUCUGCUUAGUCCAAAGAAGCAUUCCAAAUUCCAAGAACAAAAAUGUUAAUGUUCUUUAAAAUCUUUGAAAAUAAAGAAAAAAAGGUACUGUGCAUAUCUAGGGUAUGCAAAAUAGAAGGUAUGAUCCAGAGCAGUUUUAAAUUUAAUCAAAUGAACAGACAAUUAGCUAAUACAGGGAUCUCUUUACAAGAAAAAAAAAUAAUUAUUAUGGAUUAAAUCAUAAUCACUGAAAAGGUUAAGAGGAGAGACAUAAAUAUAUAAUACCAAAGUCUCAAGAAAAUUACUACUGAAAUCAUCUCAUCACUUACUCAAGGAAAAACACGAAUAUUCAUGACAUUGACUUCCUGAUGACUAGUUUUAUUCAAGUAAGUAGCUGUAGUUUUUUGUUUCCUGAAAUCUUACUUUAGUAAAAUCUAGAGAAUCUCAUUUAGAACAUAAAUCAUCGAAAGUAUCAAUGUGUUCACCGUGCCAUAUGUUUACAUUUCCUUUGCCCGAAUUAAGUAAUGUAGACCAAGUCCUGCUAUGAUGAAUUGAACCUUAAAAGUCAAGAUUUUUUUUUUUAAAUCAAGUGUAGAACCAAAGGUUUAUUUUGCAUGAUGUUUAUAUUUUUGGACUUCAGAAAUUAACACUUAUUUUAUACCUAUCAUACCUUGUGUGUCAAUAUCUAUUUUUUUACUUCAUACUUUAUUGCUUAGUAGAAAAAAAUCUUCAUAGAAAAAAAUUAAAAUGAGUCAACCCACCAAGUGAUAAUAACAAAAUACCCAAACCAAUAAUUUAGAAACAUCUAGUAAAUUAGAAUUGGGUUUCUAAAUUUGGAUAAUUAAUAGCUUAGUGAGAAUUAAAAUCAGCCCAACAUUACUCAGAAGGAAUGAAACAGCAGUGGGAUUAGAUAUCAGUGUUCUCACCUUUGAAACUUCUGUCUCUUCUUAAACUGCUCUAUUUCUCUCCUACCCCAUUAAUGUAGCUAGAAGACCACCUUUAAUUGCCACAAAAUAUAAUUCUCCUAGAUGACUAUCCACACCCAUCUACUCCUGCCCAAACCUGGUAUCAUGCCAAACCACACUGUGUUCGGGUGACAGCACCCAAAAUGCUGCUGGAAAGCUACCUCGUGUUAAGAAAACAUUGACUUCAAAAACAUCUAACAAAUGAGAACAUAUUUCCAAACCACAGGUCCUUAACUUUCUAACGGUGGAUGGAAAUUAAAUUAUAGCUAUGCAUUGAUAAUAGCUAUGCAAGAAAUUACUUUUAGUUUUACUUAAAAGCUUUUUUAAAACUCUUCCAAUGGUGUAGAUUAGCUUUUCAGAAAUAUUGCCACAAUAUAAUUUUCAAUUUAUGUUAAUUUUUGCUCUAUUUCUAAAUGACUGUUUUAUAGUUCUUUCUAGGGCAACUAGGUCACAAUCUGAAUCCAUGGGGAUGGGAAAUUUUCCAGGGUGCCCUUGAAGAAUGAGGGUCAAUAAAGAAAGUUAGGAUUUUCAGUGAACUAUCUUUGAUUCAAAGCUACAAAGAAUCAUAAAGUUUAUUAUUGUUCUGCAACUCCAGUCCUGUCCCAGAUUUCCCAAAAGUAAGUUAGGACUAAAAGUGAGCAAUGAGCCUCAAUAUUUACACAAGGCCAUGAUCAUGUACCACCCCCUCCUGGCACUCAUAUAAAUGAUCCCAGGGACUGAAACAUACCUACAAUUUAAUCUACUUGGUACUUUAUAUUUGUAGAUACAUUUUUAUAUACUGUAGAGAUACCUGUUAAAAAAAACCUAAAUUUCAGAUAUGACACUGUAAGUAAACUUUGUGAUAAACACUUUUAAGAGAAAAUAUUAAUAGCAUAAUUUAGGAAUGUUCAUAUACUUACGGAAAGAGAAAAACUAGGCAACAAACAUUCCUACCUGACAUACAACAGUUAUCUACUGGGUUUGUUAAAUUGAUUGUCAAAUCUGAUGUUGAAAUUUCACUUCAUUCUAGUGACAUUGUGAAAAUGCUCUCAGGUUAAUGAGAACAUAUCCAUAGAAAGUGUAAGGUAUCCACCAGGCUGUAUGUCUGUUUUCACCAACGUGAGAACAAAGCAAAACAAGUCCUGCUAUAAUUAGUGAAACUAUUAGGAAAAUAAGAUUUUUUUUUUCCUGACUCGAAUACCUUAUCUCUUUACUUACAGAGUAACACAUUAAAAACAUUGUUUUUACUCAAUAAAAAAAUGAGCACAGAAUAUUUUAAAAGCCAGCUUUUUCUUACAAUGUUUAUACAGAAUGCAGAAUGCACAGGUUUAAUAGGGACAGCAAUAUAUACCAUGAACACACAGACUCAUUAAUGGGACACUGCAGACUUUAUGCAUCCCCACUUCCUCUCAGUUUUAUAGGAAAGGUAAAAGAAAAUCUUAUACUUUAGCUCAUAGAGAAGAGAAAUUCAUAACCAAUCUAGAAAUGAAAAUUAAUUUGGAAACCAGAAGCUUCAAAAGUACCUAGAAUAAAACAGAACAGCUCCACAUCUUUCUCUCCCUUGUGGACUUUCCUCCUAUUUUGAGAGAGAAAUCAAGAAAAGGAAUAUGCCCCAUGUUCUCUUCACAUACGUUACUUUGUCUGAAGGGAGGGGAGAUACCAGGAAAGAGCUCUUUAAAGAAAGUAAGGCACCAGCAGGACGUUCUGGAGACUGAAAGGCAUCAACGCCACUCACGGUUUAGCACCGUCUCUCUGGAGUCACAACACACCCUGCUUUGCCAGGACAGUGCUGGCUUAUGUCUGUCAUCCCACUAUAAAUAUUAACAAUCAAUAAUGAAAAUGGACAGUUGCCCCCCUUACUCUCAAAUGUGCCCCCGUUUAGACAACGAAUUAUACAGUGACCCCAUCUUUAUGGGUCUUUGUUGAUGGCUCUUUGUUUUUUUCAUGUUGCAGACUUGGCUUUAUAGCUUAAAGUAAAGGGCCAGCCACUUCUUUCCGACUGGGGCAGGAGCAUGGGGAGCAGAGAGGAAUGCCACAUCUUCUCCUCUGAGGUGAACCCCCCCCAUCUACUCCCCAUCUACUGUCCUUUCUGGUCCUAGUUUCCCUCCCACUGCCCCUGGGCUCUGGGUCCCGAGUUCUGCCUUCAGUAGACAGAGCUAGCAGCCUCUAAGCCAGACUGCAGAAGACAGGAUGAAGGAUAGCUCUUGGGAACAUGUGCUUAGCCUGUCAGGAUCCACAGGGCAUUGUCCGGGUCUUAGAGCAUUUAUUUGCAGGUUCCUUUCUUCCUUGAACCAAGCCCCUUACACCUCAAAGUAGAAAGGACUUCCUCUGUAAAUCUUCACAUUAAAAGACACUUGGCCUUUUUCCCUUCUUCUGUGUUUUACAAAUUUUCUCAAACACUAACUCCUUUGCAUUUAACUUCACCAUGAUGGUUGCUCAUCAACUAUUCUUUAUCCCAAAUCUGCAUAUAAUCCCAUACAUUUUAUUAAUUUUAAUGUAAAAUUAUGUUAACAGUUCCCUUUUUAACAGAAAUUUCUUUUUCACUCUUCCUUCAUUCUCUUUACAAAUAUUGAGAAUUAAACGAACUUUACAGUCUCCAUUGCUAUUAACUCACAAAACUAUUCUUCAUAGAAUGUGUGAUCAGUCUGUGUUUACUAUGUACCGACUCGUAGGCCAGAAACUGAAUACAGAUAUAUAUGUAUUUUUUCAUUCUUUCCUCAAUGGGGUACACAGUCUAGUGAUCCAUUCUGCAUGUUUUAAAACUGAAUAUAACUGCACGUAUUUAAGUGCAUCAGCUGGUAGGUUUUGUCACUUAGUCAGAAUUCUGAAAAUGAAUCAUCUCUGUUCUAAACCUUGUUUCCACUAUUACUGCCAAAAACUAGACUGGGACAGUAAGCCUUUUUAAAGAUGAGUUUAACUCGAUCUAUUAUUAUUGAUACUUGAGUAAAAUAAGUUUUCAAAUAUUUUCCCCAGGAGAAAUAUAACAAGACUAUGCAAAAAUUUAAAAAGAAGAAAAAAUUUUAGUUAGAGGUACAGAAGGAGCUUUAAAACUGGAGUUGACAAAUUCACCUACUGAUUUAUGAUGUUAAUGAGCAGAAACCCACAUUUUUUAUUUACUUGAAAAUAUUUUGGUUAGCUAUUUCUAUUUUCUGAAUACGCUUGUGUUUAUAAAAUUAAAAAAUCUCCUUAACUAGCCUUACCUAUACCUAUAUUUUUUGCGACAAAUGAUUCACAAUGAAGUAUAUAUACUUUUUUCAAAUGUACAUUUAAUUUUGAAACUUGGCUUUUUCUAUGAUAAUUCAUAAGAGAUCUUAGGGCUUACAGGCAGCAGAUAAGUCUAUGUAAAUCAAUUCAUCAUUAUCACUGGUUUAAAUAUGUAAUAUAAUCAUCGGUAUUUUUAUUCCUGUUUCUUCAUGAGUUCUUUUUUUCCUACAUUUCUGACUGCAGUACAACCAGAUAUUAUUAUCUCUUCUCUUAAUGAAAGGCAUGCUGUCAACAAAACGCAUCUCUCAUUUUUAGACGCUAACCUCUUGCCUCUUUUCCUUUCUGUUAUUAUUGACAAUAUUUAUGUAAAGUUAGUUAACUGAGGUACCAAAAGAGAAACAAAAACAGUAUUAAACAGUGUGCAUAAAGCACUUAUUUUUGUACUGUGAGUACAAUGUUUUAUAAAACUCUGUGAUAUAUCUAAAUAUACUGAGUAAAAUCACAACAUUCAUUCACUGGGAAAAUAAUCAUUGGUUUGGAAAAUACAAUGGGCACUAUUGAGUCAUAAAUCACAGGAAAUGAGAAAUAAUGAAAUAUUGUGAUGACUAGUGUAAUUCCGGGAUGGUAAAAUAAAUGUAAUUGAAUUUUCAAGAACCAUUAUAAAGGUUUAAAAAGUA